GUUUGAAAGGUUCAGGUCUCUUGGGAGGGGGUCCCCGACCCUGACAGCUAGGAUCUGGUUCUCUUUCCAUCCCCCCAUCUAUUUGGUCCUGACCGCCCCAUUCUCUUGCCUUAGAAGGGUCUGGAGGGCAAGGUGGAGGGAUCAGGAGGCCAAACCCAAGUCUUCAGUGGCCCUCCAGCUCUCUAAGGCCAGACUCCCAUCUAAUGCUGAUUUAAAUCUACUCCGGUCACCUUGCCCAAACACUGCCCUGAUUCCUCUUCCUUCUGGGAUGGAGUGGGACCCUACUUUGGUCUCUGGCUUCCCUGCAGCCUCCCCCCGCCAACCCCCCCGUCUUCCUGGAGUGAAGUCAUCAGGACUAGUUGCCAGAGGAGAGAUGGGAUGGGAAUGGGGACAUUGUGGCUUGUCCAUAUUCUGGUGUCUGUUGACGCUCACUGGUGGAUGUGUCUUGCCCUUCCCCAAAGGACCCUGAGCCCCCUCCCUGCCACUCCCUCCUGGCCUUUCCUUGUCUGCCUGUCUGUGUCUGUCCUGUCAGGUGUCUUGCUCCUCCUGUACCUGUAGUACCCCGCUGGCCAGGACACCAGCAGAGUGUGUUAGGACCCUCAUCCCUCAGGGUUGAUGUAGAUGAGUCUUCUGGGCCCCCUGAGUCCUGGGUGCCAGGGGUGGGGCAACGCAGCAGCAGAAUGAAAACCUGGUAGGCCCCAGACGGGAUAGGGAGCACUGCGUGGUUUCUUUGGGUGAGUGAGGGCAUCACUGGGAGGUCGGCUCUAAUCCAGAUGGGCCUUUGAAUCCAAGCCAGGCCUUUUUCUCUCCUUGGGAGAGGGGGCUCCUGGCUGGGUGGAGACUGAGGGACCCCAGGGCAGGUUGCAGGUCCCACCCAGACUGGAGGCAGGCCAAGGGUGGGGAGGAGAAGAUGAUGUCAGAGGAGCUGCGGGCCCCACAUCUCCACCCCCCCACCUGUCCCUGCCCUGAGCCUCCCCCAUUCCUCCCAGGCUGUCAAGGUUGGGGGCGGGAGGGGCCGGAGGUGGGUUGAGGCAGGGCUGUUUGUGUUUCUCCUAAGCCAGGAAGUCGUGCAGAUGAGUCAAGGUUGAAUAGAGAGCCCCAGGCAGUGCUGUCCCGCCCCACCCUGACUCACCUGUCCCCCAGAUCCCCUCACUUCAGGGUCAGGGGCCUUAAGCACAGGACCCUGGAGGGUCAUUGCCAGGUGCUGCAGGCUGCCUCAAGGCACUGGCCUAGGUCUCAGGUUCUCCCAGGUCCUCCCAGGUUCUAGCCCUGCCAGAGGGGUCUGUGCUGCCUCUGUCCCCAGUGGGCAUCUUUGCCUCUGCUCUCCUGUCCUCACUUGUCCUCCUUUGCAGUACCUGUGGGUGCUAGGAUGUGGGUGAGACUCUGGCCCUGCCCGGGAGUGCUGGGUGGCUCCAGACCAGUGGGUGGACAAAACAGGUGCGCCUCAUUGGCACAGAGGCCAGUGCAGAGAGGGAGCCCUUCAGUCUGAAGGCGGAAAAUCCAGGAAGGCUGCUCAGAGGAGGUGACUCUGGCAUUGGGGCUUCAGGAAAGUUGGGCAGGAGGAGGAGUCUGGAGAGGGCACGCAAGGUUUAGGGGCUGCUGGGGCAAGGGUCCCCAGGCUAGUCCUGUCUGAGUCUGCCUCCUGCCCUCCUGGUUCCUGUCCUUUUCCACCUCCUUCUCCCCUUCUGGCCAUCACUCAGCACUUGGGCAGGCGUUGCCACAACAGGCUCUGGCAACCAGAUCUGGCAACAAAGCACUGGAAAAACCCAGGGCAAAGCCCAGAGGAGUGAGUGUCCCAUGCUCGGGGCAAACUCAGAGACAGAGUCAGCCUCGACCGUAUGUGGGUCAUGGAGUCUGUUGCUGCUGCCCAGCUGAUGUUAUGGAGCUGGGUCUGUCUCCACCUCAUCUCAGCAGCUCCCCAGAAGACCUGUACUUGGCUCCUGGGACCCCUCCUAGGACUCCCCCACCUCCCGAUGCUCCUCUGCCUGGGGAAGUGAAGAGGUCCCAGCCUCUGCCCAUUCCGACCAGCAGGAAUCUUCUUCGAGAGGAGGAGCUGCGGUCAACCUCUCUGCCUUCCAUCCCCAACCCCUUCCCUGAGCUCUGCAGUCCUCCUUCACAGACCCCCAUUCUUGGGGGGUCCUCUGGUGCAAGGGGGCUGCUCCCUCGAGAUGCCAGCUGCCCCCAUGUAGUAAAGGUGUACAGCGAAGAUGGGGCCUGCCGGUCUGUGGAGGUGGCGGCAGGUGCUACAGCCCGCUACGUGUGUGAAAUGCUGGUGCAGCGAGCUCAUGCCCUGAAUGAUGAAAACUGGGGGCUGGUGGAGUGCCACCCCCAUCUAGCACUGGAGCGGGGCUUGGAGGACCAUGAGUCCGUGGUGGAAGUGCAGGCUGCCUGGCCCAUUGGGGGAGACAGCCGCUUUGUCUUCCGGAAGAACUUCGCUAAGUACGAACUGUUCAAGAGUUCUCCGCACUCCCUGUUCCCAGAAAAGAUGGUCUCCAGCUGUGUGGACGCACACACAGGCCUAUCCCACGAAGACCUUAUCCAGAACUUCCUGAAUGCAGGCAGCUUCCCAGAGAUCCAGGGCUUCCUGCAGCUUCGAGGGUCAGGACGGAAGCUUUGGAAACGCUUCUUCUGCUUCCUGCGCCGCUCUGGCCUCUAUUACUCCACCAAGGGCACCUCCAAGGACCCGAGGCACCUGCAGUAUGUAGCAGACGUGAAUGAGUCCAACGUGUAUGUGGUGACCGAGGGCCGCAAGCUCUAUGGGAUGCCCACAGACUUCGGCUUCUGUAUCAAGCCGAAUAAGCUUCGAAACGGCCAUAAGGGGCUGCGGGUCUUCUGCAGUGAGGAUGAGCAGAGCCGCACCUGCUGGUUAGCAGCAUUCCGCCUCUUCAAGUAUGGGGCGCAGCUGUAUAAGAAUUAUCAGCAGGCACAGUCUCGCCACCUGCGUCCAUCUUGUGUGGGCUCUCCACCUUUGAGGAGUGUCUCUGAUAACACCCUGGUGGCCAUGGACUUCUCUGGCCAUGCUGGGCGUGUCAUUGAGAACCCCCGGGAAGCUCUGAGUGCAGCUCUGGAGGAGGCCCAGGCCUGGAGGAAGAACCAUCGUCUCAGCCUGCCCACCCCAGGCUCUGGUACGAGCCUUAGUGCAGCCAUCCACCGCACCCAACCCUGGUUCCAUGGACGCAUUUCUCGAGAGGAGAGCCAGCGGCUCAUUGGGCAGCAGGGCCUGGUGGACGGCCUGUUCCUGGUCCGAGAGAGUCAAAGGAACCCACAGGGCUUUGUCCUCUCUUUGUGCCACCUGCAGAAGGUCAAGCAUUAUCUUAUUCUCCCGAGUGAGGAGGAGGGCCGCCUAUACUUCAGCAUGGAUGAUGGCCAGACUCGCUUCACGGACCUGUUGCAGCUCGUGGAGUUCCACCAGCUGAACCGGGGCAUCCUGCCGUGUUUGCUACGCCACUGCUGUACUCGUGUGGCCCUCUGACGGCAUGUGUCUCAGCCCGUUCCAGGCUGGCCACUGGUCCUUGUGCUCAUAAAGUGGACUUGGAGGGUACAGAAGGUACGGACAGGCCCAUGAAUAACUGGAGGGCAACUCUACUCCAGAGAGUUUUCUACUCAAUCCUUUGCCUCCCUCAGGCAGAAAGUGCUCCCCCACCCCCAAUCUCUCUCCUUAAGAAAAAGUACUUGGGGUGGCCCUCCCCUCCAUGGAGCUCCUGGGCACUGCUCUGGGGCAGGGCAUUAUGGGAGUAAUGGGGCAGCCCAGGUGGUCUUAAGCCCCACACUUUGUACAGACUGAGAGGCCAGUUGAUCUGCUCUGUUUUAUACUCGUUACAAUAAAGACUAUUUUUUGAUACA